CAUUGAAAGGAAGAGAAUAACCGUGUGGUGUCAUCACAACACAGCCGCCGUCGCAUUUGGGUCAUGACGUUUCUCCCGAUUGUCUGCUACGAAAUCGCUCCCGUACGAAUAAACAAUAUCGACCAGGGGGCAAAAUAGGCUGCAAAGAACGCACAAGCAAACUCCUGGAUUCAGAUAUUUGAAACUGGUCAUCCACACUGAAGACAGAAUCUUCACUUUUUCCAUCUCGAGCUUCAUUCUUUGGUGAUCUCUGUGCAUUGAGUUAUGUCAACAGCUGCACUAAUCACCUUAUGUAGAUCUGGUGGCUUUCAAGUGCGAAGACAAGGACUCUUGACCUUCAAGCUACUUCAAGACGAAAAGCGCCUUGUGGUUCUUUACCACACUACAGCAAGUGAUCGAAGGUCUUCUCGGUUUGAUGUAGAUGGUGGUGGCCGUCUGACACCCUGGGAUUCUUUUGGUAUCUGGGACAACCGCAUUGAUGAACCAAUUCUGCUUCCGCCUAGUAUAAAAUAUGGCAAGCCCAUUCCAAACGUCAGCCUGGGAAAAGUUGGAUGUGUCACCCAAAUAGGCCAACGCAAAGAAAAUGAGGACCGUUUUAAUAUCGGAUUGCUGACUGAUAAUGUGAUGUAUUUUGCAGUGUAUGAUGGACAUGGUGGAACAGCAGCAGCUGAUUUUUGUGACAAGCACAUGGCAAAGUAUAUUGCACAAUGCCUUUCACAAGAGGAAGAUCUAGAAAUUGUGCUGACCAAAGCAUUUAAUGAGACGGAUAAGGAAUUUGCAAGACAAGUUCGUUUAUCUAAAAAUGCCUCCUUCCUUAGUUCUGGGACAACUGCCACUGUGGCUCUGUUACGUGAUAGCAUUGAGCUUGUGGUGGCAAGUGUGGGUGAUAGUCGGGCAAUUCUUUGUCGUAAAGGAAAACAUAAGCGACUAACUGAGGACCAUACUCCAGAAAGAAAGGAUGAGAGGGAAAGGAUUAAGAAAUGUGGUGGAUUUGUUUCAUGGAACAGUCUGGGCCAACCACAUGUAAAUGGGAGAUUGGCAAUGACAAGGAGUAUAGGAGAUACUGCUUUAAAAUCUGUUGGAGUCAUUGCUGAGCCAGAAACCAGGCGAAUUAAGCUACAACAUGGAGAUGAUGCUUUCUUAGUUUUAACAACAGAUGGGAUUAACUUUAUCAUGAACAGCCAAGAAAUUUGUGACCACAUCAGUGAAUGCCAUGAUCCAAUAGAAGCUGCCCAGGUUAUUGUUGAACAGGCCCUGCAGUAUGGUGCAGAAGAUAACAGUACUGCAGUUGUGGUUCCAUUUGGUGCAUGGGGGAAGCACAAGAACGCUGGCAUCAGCUUUUCAUUCAGCCGAAGCUUUGUCUCCAGUGGAAGAUUUGCAUGAAGUUACAACAAUUGAAAUCCUAUCAUCUGAACACUGCACAUGAUCAAGUUUUUAAAAUGUUAUUCAUUUUAAAGACCAUUUUCAAAGACUAUAUACUUGAUGCUUUCAUUUGGGGAAUGUCAGUCAUGUUAAAUUUGUAAUGUGAAUAAAGACACCUAACUAGAUGUAUGACUAAAACGUUGCUGUGUUACUUCAAAAAAAUAGUAAUUGAAUGGAAUUGUUGAUCAUUAGAGAAGAGUAAGCAGCAGUGUUGAAAUUCACUAAUUGGUAACUUUAGAUGUCACACUGUAUGAUAUUGGUAAUCUCUUGUAACAAAGAUUUUAGGGUUGUGAGUCAAAAAUAGCUGGUGAUAUUCAACUGUAUAACAAUUCAAAGAAAAACAUUUAGUAAUUUAAACAAAUAUUUUGAUUCUUGAACUGAAAUACAUUUGGCUUCUGUCCAAUAUUAAGUGUAUAUCUGCUGCUAAGAAUGGGGAUAAAUUGUUCAAUAGUGCUUGGACCCAAUUACCUCUAAAUUAAUAUUGUUUGCUUGAAAGAACACUUGCAUUUUGAUAGUUUGUGUUUUAAUAAAAAUAAUUUCCCAGAUUAAAUUUAAGCUUUAUUAAUUUUUUUUUAGUCUAAUAGAUGGCUUUUCAAGUACAAAAGCAUUUUUGUUUUUUCCUAAUUAAUUCCAUCCACUUGAAGUAUGGCUGUAUGAAGUAAUCUUGGAAUAAGUUUGUUUUCCCCCCCCCCCCUCACA